CAUUGCGAUGAUUUCAAGCUUCAAACUAUUGCUGAUUAUAAUAUCAGUUGCAAUUACACCGACAUUAUGUGGCACUUGUCGUUUCUUUCUGAACCGAAAUUUCAACUAUGGAUGCGAAAUGUAUGAUGUCAACGUCACUGAAAGGAAUCAAAAUUUUGUGAUUGGUGGCGAACAUCUUCCUGGAUUCUCUCACGCAGACGUCAGGUGGUUGAACUUUACUAAUCCUGGAACAUUAAACUUCAUCCCGUUAACCAUUUUUCAAUCAUUCGUGAGUAUGCGAGAGGCAAUUAUUGUUGAAGUUGAAGUGAAGGAAAUUCAGCGAGAAACUUUUGGAGGAUGUAAUAAUCUCGAAAGGAUAAAUUUAGAUCGAAAUUUGAUCCAAGAAAUUUCUUCGAUGACUUUCGGUGGUUGUUUCUCGCUUACUGAAAUAAGUUUGAGCAGAAACGCUAUCGAAACUAUUGAAAAUUAUGCGUUUAGUGGACCAAGAGCUUUAAGAACUUUGAGUCUUUCAAAUAAUUUAAUUUCAACUUUGCCGGAAAAUGCAUUUGCUAAUUUAACUACAUUAAAUAGAAUUACACUCGAGAACAAUCGGAUUACUCAGCUACCAGAAAAUAUUUUCUCAACGUUAACAAGCUUAAAUUCUUUGAAUUUACAUUACAAUUUACUUGUCUCUUUACCACCAAGAUUGUUUGCUGGUCCACGACUUUUGUUUUCAAUUUCUAUAAGUAACAAUCGACUUGAAAGUUUGAAUUUGGGAGCCGAUUCCGAUCCGCCUGUUGAAUUACCUUGGCUGUGGGGUGUUUUCGCUUCAAAUAACAACAUCAGCAGAAUUCAUCCUUUUGCUUUCAAUAGAAACUCAUCAACGCAUAAAUUAGAAGUUAUCGAUCUAUCACAUAAUAAUCUUAAAGAAUUUGCUCCUGGAACAUUUCAUGGACUUUAUUCCCUACGAACGUUGAACUUAAAUCACAAUCAAAUAUCUUCAUUACCAAACGACACAUUUUCCAACUGUGCUUUCGAAGUUUGCAGAGGUGCGUUAGGAUUGGAAUUGUCUAACAAUGAACUGGAAAUCAUUCAUUCGGAAUUAUUUGUUGAAGCUCCCCAUAUAGAUCGUUUAGAUUUAACUUCCAACAGAAUUUCAGCAAUUGAUCGAAACACGUUCAGUGUGUUACGAAGUUUGAGAACCAUUUUGUUAGCUGGUAAUUUAUGCUCUGAAGAAAACUUUUAUUCGAUAAAUGUUAGCAAUAUGCCACGAGUACUCGAGUCAUUAGGAGAAUGUUUUCUCAACUAUGACAAGCUUACUGGCAAUCUGCCUGGCGGAUCACCUUAUCAUAAAACUUCUUUCGUCACAGUUCUUAUCACUGCAGUGGUAUCAGUUUCAUCAUUUUUAUCUUUCUUCUAAAAUAUAAAAAGUCAUCAUCA